GACGCAUGGAUUUUGCAGCGCCUUCGCCCCAAGCGAUUUUCUAGCUUCUCGCUCCUCGCUUUCGACCACGCGCAUUAUGUCCGCAGAACUCGCGGCGGAGUUCGCAAGGGUGGCCGAGGAGCAAAUCCCGGCCUUCAUACGGCAAUCCGCUGAUCUGUGGCCUGACGUGUCCGCAAAAAUCCAAACGCAGGCCACCCAGGAGGCGGAAUCGUGGGCACAGGCUUUUGGGGCCAUGUUCACGAUCGACGAAAACACUCCGAAAGAGGUCAUCGCGGUCUUGGCGGGCAUUCCCCGAGACCGCGCGUCAGACCUGGAAACGGAACUUGCUGCACGCUUCGAGGCCUUCUGGUCUCAGCUUCCGGCUCUCGUUCAAGAGGUCUCGGACAAAGAAGCUGUUUGCGCCAAGUGGCGGAUUUCAGACGGCCUGGCCCACAUCACAGCAUUCUUGUCGUCGGGACCCUCUUACCGUUACGUGCCUUUGUACCUGCCGAAGGACGGGGCGCAACGCGAGCUUGCAGCCAAAGUGCUUUCGCCAGAACAGGCGGCGCAAAUUCAGGGGCUUUUCGAGGAGUCGAAGGCUGCGGCUCUAGCAGCGCUCCCGGCCUUGGUGCGGUAUUGGGAUGUCCUGGUCGCAUGGGACGGCGACGGGAGUCUGCAAGCGUCGCCGCCGAAGCGGGUCCGAAUGUCGGACACGAAGCAGGCGUCGGAGUCGCUCGCAAACUCCCCGGCCGCGCGCAGUAAGGACGAAAAGGUUCUGGCUCUCAAGGAUUUGGGUGCGGAACCCGUGUCCAAGGCGCCUAAAUUCAGCCUGGCGGUUUGGGCUGCGUGGUCACCGGGCAAAACCCGCACGGCCAACGUCGGCAAACCAGCGGUGGGCAAGCCAGGUAACAACCAGGUUUUCACGGCAAUCGUGCACGAUGGCACCGGCAUCGCGCAGCUUGAGGGGUGGGGACAGCAAGCUGUGGCGUUGGCAGAGCGACUUCGGUCGGUGGGCGAUCGACUUGGCGAGGUUCGUUUGGAUAUCGUGGCUCGAGUGCAAGGGGUGGUGCCGCUUGGCAAAACGACGCUCGGCUUCGAGAAGAAGCUGAUGUACGCCCCGGAGUCGAGCAUCCAAUUUGCCGACGUGGGCCCGCCUGCGCUGGACCCAUCUGUGUUCCCGCUGGGUACCGUGGGGGAGGCUGAGAACCUUCAGGUCACAAACUACAGCGGCCAGUAUUUGUCGGAUCGCGGCAACACAUUGGCAUCGUUGACCCUGAUCGACGCCACGGGUGGCACCCUCGACGUGACGUUGACGGGCCGACAUGCGGAGCUGGAUAUGGAGGACGGGAAGACUCUGGCGGUUUUUUUCGGGGUGGUCAAGACGCCGGUCUCGUCGCGGGCAGAGAGCUCAAAGACAUUGUGGCUGUACGACGAGAGCCACCUCGUCGUUCUCUGA